GGCUGCUCAGAAACACUGUCCUGACGGCUCACACACCACCAAGCAGAGGAAGCAAGGAGUCGGGCAGCCCUGUCAUGGCAGGGAUCAGAGUCACUGAGGUGGACUGGCAGCUGCUGAGCAACGGCACGGCACACCACACCCAGGAGUACCCCGGCUCUGAGCUGGUGGUCCGCAGGGGCCAGAGGUUCACCUUCACACUGGAGCUGAACAGACCGCUGGAGAGCGAGGAGACCCUCAUCUUCACCGUGGAGACAGGACCCCAGGCUUCUGAGGCCCUCCGCACCAAAGCCGUGUUCCAGACAUCAGAGCUGGAGCGUGGUGACACCUGGAUGGCAGUGAAGGAGGCUCAGACAGAAAACACCACGACCUUCAGCCUUGCCAGCCCUCCUAAUGCCAUCAUUGGCCGUUACCAGCUGAGCGCCAGGGUUUCCUCUCGCCGCAAACAUAAUGACUGGAAGCUGGGCGAGUUUAUUCUCCUUUUCAACCCAUGGUGCCCAGAGGACGAUGUGUUCCUAGACUCAGAGGAAGAGAGACAAGAGUAUGUGCUCAACGACAGCGGGAUCAUCUUCCGCGGUGUGGAGAAGCGCAUCCGAGCCCAAGGCUGGAACUUCGGGCAGUUUGAGGAGGACAUCCUGAAAAUCUGCCUCUCCAUCCUGGACCGAACCCCUAGUUACCAAGACGACCCAGCCACCGACGUGUCCCACCGCCAUGACCCCAUCUACAUCACCAGAGCUGUCAGCGCCAUGGUGAACAGCAACAACGACCGGGGCGUGGUCCAAGGCCAGUGGCAGGGCAAGUACGGCGGCGGCACCAGCCCCCUGCACUGGCGAGGCAGCGUGGCCAUUCUGCACAAGUGGUUCAAGGGCAGGUUCAAGCCAGUCAGAUACGGCCAGUGCUGGGUCUUCGCUGGAGUCUUGUGCACAGUCCUCAGGUGCCUGGGGAUCGCGACGCGGGUUGUGUCCAACUUUAACUCGGCCCAUGACACGGACAGGAACCUGAGUGUGGACAAGUACGUGGACUCCUUCGGGCGAACACUGGAAGACCUGACGGAAGACAGCAUGUGGAAUUUCCAUGUCUGGAAUGAGAGCUGGUUUGCCCGGCAGGACCUAGGCCCCUCUUACAAUGGUUGGCAGGUUCUGGACGCCACCCCCCAGGAGGAGAGCGAAGGGGUGUUCCGGUGUGGCCCGGCCUCAGUCACCGCCAUCCGCGAGGGCGACGUGCAUCUGGCCCACGAUGGUCCUUUCGUGUUUGCCGAGGUCAACGCAGACUACAUCACCUGGCUCUGGAAUGAGGAUGAGAGCCGGGAGCGUGUGUACUCAGACACGAAGAAGAUCGGGCGGUGCAUCAGCACCAAGGCGGUGGGCAGCGACUCCCGCGUGGACAUCACCAGCCUCUACAAGUAUCCGGAAGGGUCCCGGAAGGAGAGGCAGGUGUACAGCAAUGCCAUGAAGAAGCUGUUCAGUGUGGAAGCCUCUGGAAGGAGGGCCCGGGUCCGCAGAGGGGGCGGCCGUGGUCUCUGGCGUGAUGACCUCCUGGAGCCUGCCACCAAGCCCAGCAUCACCGGCAAGUUCAAGGUGCUGGAGCCACCUGUGCUGGGCCAUGACCUGAAGCUGGCCCUGUGCUUGACCAGCCUCACCUCCCGGGCCCAGCGGGUCCAAGUCAACUUGAGUGGUGCCACCAUCCUCUACACCCGCAGGCCAGUGGCAGAGAUCUUGCACGAAUCCCACACAGUGAAGCUAGGGCCAGAAGAAGAGAAAAAGAUCCCAAUUGCCAUAUCUUAUUCUCAAUAUAAGGAAGACCUGACAGAGGACAAGAAGAUCCUGUUGGCUGCCAUGUGCCUUGUGACCAAAGGAGAGAAGCUCCUGGUGGAGAAGGACAUUACUCUGGAGGACUUCAUUACCAUCAAGGUGCUUGGCCCAGCCGUGGUGGGGGUGGAAGUUGCAGUGGAAGUGAUGGUGCUUAACCCUCUCUCGGAGAGAGUGAAAGACUGUAUGCUAAUGGUGGAGGGCAGUGGCCUUCUCCAAGGACAGCUCAGCAUCGAUGUGCCCAGCUUGGAGCCCCAAGAGAAGGCCUCGGUCCAAUUCAAGAUCACCCCCUUCAAGAGCGGCCCACGGCAGCUGCAGGUAGACUUCGUCAGCCCCCACUCUCCGGACAUCAAGGGCUUUGUGAUCGUCCACGUGGCCACGGCUAAAUGACAGGCAUGAAGGGCUGAGAAGGGAGGAGAAGGUCCCUAUUUCUCUCCUGCCCACUUCUCUGCCCUUCCCCUAUGGGAGUCAGCAGGCCUGGAUUCCAGUCCCGCUUCAGCUUCUGCCCUGCUCUGUGAACUUGGGCAAGUCCCUCCCUUCCUAAGUCUCAGUUUCCUCAUCUGUAAAAUGAGGUGUUAGACUCAGUAACCCUUAAACUUUGGGUCUCCCACCUCCAUCUCAUCACCCUUGUUGCUGGGAGACUGAUGAAUUGAGUGUCACAGUAACCUCGGCCCACCCAGCUGUGCCACCUCCUGCCCGCUCACCAUCAGCCUGGCUGAUCCCUGUGCUCUCAUUGCUUGUCUCUCGACACUUCAGUGCUCUGACCACAGCCAGAUCCAGAAACUCCUCCUAGCUCUGACAGAGAACCCAAAAGUGUUGGCACUGACAUCUAAACAUCCCUCAACACUUCCAUCCUACACAGAGGAGAGAACCUUGCUUAUGACCAUGGGAUGAGCUCAAGGCAGAUCUGAAGCCCGUGUACACACCAUUUACACCAGCAAAAUUGUACCCCAAAGUCAUGUUCCUGAAAAACACUGGGCUUAAAGUGAUGUGAGAAUUUCCCUCAGUGAAGACACAGGCCCAGCAGCUGGGGGCCGGGGGGAGGGUUACUGUUGCCUGAAAGAAGCUGAAGAUAGAGGAGGGAUCAUCGAGUGUUGGGGGAUAGAGCCCCAAAUCUAAUCUAGCUAUGGUCACAUAUGACCAGCUCAGUACACUAAGCGUUUAUUUACUUCUUUGGAACUAUAGUGUUGACUUUGAAAAACUCCCCAGCAGCUUACCCUGCACACAACUGCAUACUCUCUUAGUGUCAAAGCAAAACAGGAACUACUAGGAUGAGGACUAGAGAGGAUACCACCAGGCCCUGAAGAUGACUGCAUCAGACAUGGAAAUCGGCUCCAAAAUGCUCUAGAUAGCCAAGGAAUUGUAACUAAGCAUAUAAUUUAAGUAAUCUGAGCAACAAAAAAACAGGCGCAUCUGCAGUGAGACACCUCCUGGGCAUGAUUUGGGUGAGAACGAUUCGUGUAGUGGGUCUUUGCAGAAGGGUGGUCAGACAAACACAUAAACAGUGUCUGAUGGGUGGUCUUAGUGACCAAAGCCUUAUGAAGACAUCUCUCUGAUGAUUCCACUCAGCACAGGGACAGCUUGGAGAAUCCAGAUGAGUGGGUACAUUUUAAUGAAACAGGUCCUAAAUUCCAGGACUCCUCUCCAAACCAUCCAGAGGUUUUAAAUGCUGAUCCAUAGAGUGGCUCAGUGUAAAGAAUCCACCUACAACACAAGAGACAUGAAUUCUAUCCCUAAGUCAAGAAGAUCCCCUAGAGGAGGAAAUGGCAACCCUCGCCAGUAUUCUUGCCUGGGAAAUAGCCUGGGAGUAGCCUGGUGGGCUACAGUCCACGGGGUUGCAAAAGAGUCAGACACAAUUUAGCAACUAAAUAACAACCCACAUAAGAAAGGUAGGUGGAGGUUCAGAGGAGGCAGCUGUUUCCUUAAGAUUGAGCAACAGGAAGGGGCCUUGGGAGCUGGGGGCACUAGACACUUCAUUCUGCCUGCAAACACCAACUGUGUCUUCCUUAAAUUCAAUUGCCACAUGUUGAGCUUCCCAGGAAACUGACUCUGAGAUGGGGCUUAGGAUGCUGGGUGUUGACUGAAGGGUGACCUUGGGAUCAACCCUCAUGGAAGGGAAGGGGAUGAAGAAGGAGGAAGGAGAUAUCAACCCAUGAUACAGGCCCAGUGACAGCCUGGUUGUACCCACAGGCAGCUCUGGAGCUAGCAUGUCCUGUCAAGAGUAUGUGUGUUUGAAGAAGGGAAAGUAGCUGAAGGUGAUGGGGGUACCUGCCAGCUAGUCAUGUCUCUAGUUCAACCCCUUUGCACUCUCAGCUGGGCCAAGGUUUUGUCUUCACUGGGACAAAACUGAGCAGGUCCUUCCAGCUCCAACUGAAAGCAGAAGACACCCCAGCAGCCAAUGACAGCACCAUGGUCAGAGGCUGGAUAGGUGCGGACAUUGAGAGAUGGCCCAAGGGAGAGUGUGGAUGGAAAUACUACUUUGGAAGCUGUGAAGAAAAAUGUACAGGUAGGGAUUACCUGUCAGGUGGUAGGGCAACACCCUGACAGCGCCCUUCAUGGAGAAAGGCCAAACAGGGAUUUCAAGACGGCAAAGCCUUAGUCAGCUGGCUGUGGGGACCAUGGCUCAGGCCUCCAUGGUCCUUUGAGUGGUCUCUUAGACACCGCCAUAACCUUUAGGGAGGCUCUCAACACUGAGUUAGGGCAUGUUCUAGCUUUCUCAUGCCAGAGAGGCCUCCAAGCCCUUAGAUCAGGGGUUGGCAAGCUUUUACUGUCAAGGACCAGAUAGUGAAUAUCUGGGACUUUGCAGGCCAUAUGAUCUCUGUUUCAUCUACUUCACUCUACUGUUCAGUGUGCAAGCAGCCAUAAGCAAGGGGUAGACAAAUAAGUGUGGAUGUGUUGCAAUAAAACUGCAUUUAUAAAAACAGGUGGCAUGCGAAGUUUGGCCCACAGGUUGUGAUUUGCUGACUCUGUUGCAGAACAACAGGCUGGCUUAGCU